AUGAAAAAGUAUUUGAAUGAUAAAUUUUCAAAUAUCAUCGAUGAUAGCUUAGAUUCAGAAACAAGUCCAAUUGACGUAGCUCAAAAAAUUAUAAAUUCUAAUGAAAUAACAUUGUUGAGAAAUUCUAUUAAAAGUUCAUUUAUUGAGCAAAUUGAGGCUUCAAGAGAAACUACGAGACGAAAUUCUCCCUUGAAUUCAACUUUAAAUUCCAUUUCAAAUUCUCCUCCUCAAACAUCACUUUCUUAUAUUAGUGACUUGUCUGGCGAUGACUGGUCACUUAAAGAAAACACAGAUGAAAUUGAACAAAUUAUCAAUCAAAUGUGUUGCAAUAAGCCGGAUCAUGUUAGGCUCGCUGGUUAUGAAGUUUUACUUGAAAAUGAAUUAGCUAAUAUCACAGUAAGUAAUUCGUGGGAAGCUCUCCUACAAACUUUAAAAGAUGGCCUCAUCGAUGAUAGCAGAUCUAUCUUUGAAGCCAGUUUAUUACUACAUUCAAAGCUUUUAAAUUGUCCAAAUUUUCACUGUGUCUUUAUGAAUUUACUUAAUGCUUUUACAGAACAGUAUUACUCAAAAAAAAUGUUCGAUACCCUACCCACUAUACUAAGUGGAGUGAACUUUAAAAUAUUUUUACAUGAAAAGCUUUUCAGACUUAUGAAAUUAAUUUUGGAUCAACAAGAAGAAUUCUUGAAGGGGAUGAGAAUAAAUGAUAAAGCUAUCGACGAUAUGAUAGAUCAUUUUGUAUCAUUUUUAUGCUCACGCUCAGCCACAAAUGCAACUCAGCUAAAGCCUUUAAACACAUUACAAAUAGUAUCGGUUAUUGAACCUCAAGCUAGUUGGAGCAAGAAAUGGAUGUAUAGCUUAAUAACCAGAAAAAUAUUGUGCACCGCCAUUUCUAAAUCACCUGAUUUAAUUAAGAGCGCAAUAGAACACGUUAAAAGGGGCUUCGACAAUCCGCCAACUGGAAUUUCAGUGACUAUUUCCGAUGAACAAUCAGACGUUUUUAUAUCGGGUGAUUCGGUGGAAACACUCACCUUCUUGCAUUGCUUAAAUUUACUAGCUCACCUGUGUAGCUAUUCCACAGGACGAGAUUUACUUUUAGAUGUACAAACAGAUGAUUCAUUCUGCAUACCAGAUUUUUUAAAAGCUUUGCUAGAUUUUUUAAAUAUUCUAGCUUCUUCAGAAGCAUCAAAUAGUAUUUACGAGACAGUGCGCACUGCACUGUGUGAAUUAUUGAGAAAGCCAGUUGUACUUUAUGAUGCUAGAUUUUAUCAAGUAGCUCUAAGCCCACUUGUACAGACGGAAGUGAAAAUGUGGCCACACACCCUGGAUAUCUUAAAUCACAUGUUGGAUACAUCGGAUGGUCCGACAUUUUUAACAACCGAGUAUAGAGCUUGUUCGUCGCCUUUAAAGAAGAAAAAUUCAGCAAAUUAUCCGAUUACAAUUAUUCUCACAUAUGCUUCCAGUCUGUUGAGGCAACCUAUUUCUGUGAUAAAUGUUGAACAUAUUACUGACUUGCUCAAAUUUGUUGGCAAACUGUUUAAUAUCUCAGAUGUUUUUAGCAUCAUUAGGGGAAUUGUUAAAGAACAUUUUUAUCCGAGUGUUUCGUAUAUGUACAGUAAAUUGGACAGAUAUUACAUAGAAAAUGAAAGAAAAACACAACAUCUCGAUAGAUCUAUUAAGGAAAUGUUACUAAACUUAUUGUCCUUGCCCUUGGGCCUUCAGAUGCUGUCUAAUGAACCAUUAAUAAUCAAAGAAUUAAUUCGAGGAUCAAUAUCUUCAGUUCGAACAUUAUGGAGUGACUUUAAUGUAAUCGGAUUCAUAUCAAAUUCUGGUUUCUUGACUUGCGGUAUAGAGACAUUAUUCGAUCUUUCAUCGCACGUUUUGACAACAUUAUUCAUCGACCUUACGAGCAUUUUGGAAGAUCCACAUUUAUUCUAUGAUCCAUGGGAAAACGCCAACAUCAAAGUCUUUCUUCAUGUGCUUGCUUUAUUUUCUUUAAACACGAAUUGUUUUAUGGUUUUUAUGAGAAGUGAUAAUGGAAAUAAAGAAGAAAAGGAAAAUAAACAUCCAUCGAAUCUUUAUGAAUUCUUUCAAAAUAUUAUAAAUGUUGAUUCGUCGUAUCAUCACCUUGGACUGCUAACGCUCAAAAAUAUACUUUGGAAUUUAGAUAUUUAUAUUUAUUUACUAAGUUUACUAGAUUUUCAGAAUAAAUUUUUAGAAUUUCAAGAUUAUGAAAUUUGUACAAACGAAGAUAAUCAAGAACAAAAUAGUGCAUAUAUUAUUGAUGAAAAUAGUUCGCUUCGACAUACGAUUUUAUUAAAUUGUUAUUUUAUAGAUCAUAAACUAAAGACAUAUCAAUCAAGUCCCGAAAAAUUUUGUUUAUUUUCAAAGUUACCCCCUCCAGAAGGAAUUGAUGAACUUGUUUCACAAAAAUACUCGCAGUCGGAAUUAAUGAACUGGUUACAAGAAAGUAAAUCCGCCUUGAAAGAUAAUAAUUGGAUAUUACAAACUCAGAAAGCUCAUAAAGCUUCUGCAAAUCCUAUAGAGAACUUGGUAUUUCUAGAUUUACUAGAUCAAAUGGAACAAACUAUGUCAAUAGUAGAGGGAUUAGAUCAAUUCAAAUGGAAUUUAAAUUUGCAAUACAACGACAGUUAUUGGUUUCCAGAAGAAGAAUGCGGAAUCAAUUUAGUACUACAUUACGGUCUAAUUAAUGGCUUAUUACAAAAUAAUGAACAAAUCGAACAAAAUUUAAAAAUAUUUAUUUAUGCAACGCAUGAGUUUAUAAAUUAUAAAAAAUCAACAUAUUUUAAUGGGUUCGAUUGGUUUUUAGCCACUGUUUUUCUCAUAUGCGGUGGCAAUAUUGAGAAAUCAAAGAUAUUUGUAUCCCAAAUGCUACGCUUUCCAACGACGACAUUCAUCUGGUUUAAUUUAGCACAAGUUAUCGAUGAGAAUAAUCAUCAAGAAGCUUCUACAAAGCUUUUGUUUGCUCAUCUUCUUGAUAAUAUCAUUAGUCAUGAAUUUCCAAUGACAAAAUUUGCGUUGAAAAAUGAAUGUGGACUUGAUUGGUGGAUGCUUUGCGAUAGACUAAUGACACAAUGUUUUUGGGGAAUUCUUCCGUGGAAUGAAAUUAUACAUUAUUUUGCUAUUUGUAUAUUGCAUCCACCAGAUUAUGUAAUAUAUUAUUGUGCAUCCUUAUUAAAUUAUUGCGAAAGUAAUAUAAGAAAUAACAUUGUAAAAGGAAAAAUGUGUCCAGAAGAUAUGAUUUUUGAAGACUACCGUUGUCAUAGUCAAAUGGGAUUUAUGGAUCGCUUAGGAAAAACAUAUGGAGACAAAGUUCUUCCGUUAUUAAUGCAACGAAAAAUUAACCUUGAAGACAAUCUAAAAUGAAUAUAUUUUUAAAAUCUCUUAUUUAAUUCUUUAAUUGCAAGUUUUGAUGAAAACAAAUGAUAAAAUGCUGUGAGAUGUCAUAA